AUGCUAAUCAUUUUGCGGCAACAGCAACAACAGAAACGACAGCAACCACAACCACAAUCACUACAACAACGACAACAACGACAACAACAACUACAACAACAACCACAACAACCACAACAACUACAACAACAACAACAACAACAACUUCAACAACUUCAACAACGACAACCACAACAACCACUACAACAACGACGACGACAACAACAACUUCAACAACUUCAACAACUUCAACAACUUCAACAACUACAACAACGACGACGACAACAACAACAACAACUUCAACAACAAGUUCGACUUCGACAACCAGCACCACUAGUACUUCAUCUUCAACCACGUCGACCAGUGAGUAGAGACUUUUUUCUUUGA